AUGACCAGCACCAGCACCAUUGUCCGCAACGCCGUCGGCGGAACGGCCCACGCAACUACCACCCCCGCGACCUACAAGGUCACCCACCCCGCCACUGGCGAUGUGCCCCACGAGGUUGAGCGCUCUACGGCUGCAGACCUCAAGCGCGCGAUUGACACGGCCCACGCCGCGCUCCCGGCCUGGUCCAAGACCCCCCUUGCUGACCGCAAGGCCGUGCUCCUCAAGGCUGCCGCAUUGCUCGAGGACUCUAGCAGCGGAUGGGCCGACAAGCUCGUCAAGGCCAACCUCGCCGAGCAGUCGUGUACGCCGUGGUGGGCCAGUGCGCAGAUUCACGCCGUCGAGGGUGCGCUCAAGACCCUCGUGGCCAGCGCAGAUGAGGCGCUUGAGGAGAAGAUUGUGACUGAGGGUGCUGCUACUUUCAAGAUCGGACGCGAGCCUUACGGUGUCUGCCUGGCGAUUGCCGCCUGGAACGCUGUCGCCAUUCUCACCAUGCGCGCAAUUACCACCCCUCUUCUGGCAGGCAACACUGUCGUGCUGAAGACCAGCGAGAUGGCUCCUCUGUCGCAGACCCACGCAGCCGAGCUUCUCUAUGCUGCUGGCUUGCCACACGACGCCCUUGUUGUCGUUCACGUUGCCACUCCAGACGCUGCAGAGCUCACUCCCGUGCUUGUCGGUGACAAGCGCAUCCGCCAUGUCAACUUCACCGGUUCGACCCGCGUUGGUUCCAUCAUCGCCGGACUUGCCGGCCAGCACCUCAAGCCGUCUCUCAUGGAGCUCGGCGGCAAGGCCCCGACGCUCAUCCUCCCGGACGCGGACAUUGAGACUGCUGCGUCGCACAUCCUCUUUGGCGCGUUCAUGAACGCUGGCCAGAUUUGCAUGUCGACUGAGCGCAUCAUUGUCCCCGCGUCCAAGCACGACGCGCUCGUCGCCGCCCUCCGCAGCUCAUGGGACACUGUCAAGGUCAAGCAGCCCCGCGCCCUCUUCCAGAGCGCGUCGGGCGAGCGCGUCAACCGUCUGUUUGACGACGCGAUCUCCAAGGGCGCCAAGCCAAUCCUCGACCAGGCCGGCAAGGCUCCCUCGACCGCCUUCUUCGAGCCCACCAUCAUCGGCCCCGUCGACCCCAGCAUGGCGCUGUACACCGAGGAGAGCUUUGGCCCCAUUGCCGUUGUUGUGACUGUGCCCGACAGCGGACGGAGCGACGACGCGGUCAUUGACGAGAUGGUCGCGAUCGCCAACGACACCGACUACGGUCUCUCGGCUGGUGUGUGGGGCAAGGACCUGGCGCGUGCUGAAAAGGUCGCCCGUCGUAUGGAGAGCGGAGCCGUGCACGUCAACGGCCCCACACCCGCCGACCCCCCAAUGAUCCCCCACGGAGGCUGGAAGUCGUCCGGCUGGGGCCGCUUCAACGGUGUCGAGGGUAUCCGCUCGUUCACCCAGACCCGUUCGAUUGAGCUCUCGGCCGCGCCCCAGCCGAUGCCGCUCAACGUCUUUGAGCUGUAG